UAUCGUAUUCUACAAGUGUGAUUAGUCAAGGCUACUCAAUUUGUUUCAAUAGAAGGAAUUUGGUGUAGAGUCGGAUGUGGCAGUGAAAUUAGUUAUCGUGUACAAAAAAUGUCAAAAAAUAGUAACACGACGAAAAAAAUUAAUAAUCCUUUAUUUAGUGCCUCGGUUACUGGUGCAACUGUUGAGGAUUUUACGCAAAAUGCGAAAUUAUUAGUAGCGCAGGAAAUUCCCGAAAAAAGUGAUCAAAGUGUACAUCCUACAACGAUAAGUAACCAAGAGGCAGGUCAACACAGUUUGCAUCAAUCUCCUCAACAAAAAGAAGGCAUAAUUCAUAAAUCGAAAGAAAACAUAUUUUCUUCGUUUUUCUCCAGUUCUGACACUUCGGCAAACUUUCUUGUUGCAAAUUCUGCACCAUCUUUUACAAGUCCCGUUUCGUCUGACUUAUUUCAGUCACCAGCAAAUCAACCCUUACCACCGCCGUCAAUUACAGCAGCUUCAUAUAAAUCAUCCACAGUUCCGUCAACCCCAAUACAACCACUCGUUUCGCAAACAUCACAAGUCCCGCCAACUACCCUUCCUCAUUUAUUCUCCAACAGCCCUAUUUUGCAUUCUGGUACAACACCUACAUCUCUAUUUACACCUGGAGAUGCUUUUUCACAAAGCCUUGCACCAGCAUCUAACCCGACUUUGACGCAAUCAACUUCUUCUCCUGCUUUAUCACAUGACUCAAUUACACCAACUGUUGUAAGUGAUACGCAAUCUAUUCCUUUUUACAAUCCCACUCAAUUAGAGAACAAUCACCCUACUGCCCAACCAGUUCCACUUUUUCCUUCGGGACCCACCGCCGAACAUCCUCCAUUUGCUGGUGAAACAUCAAACAGUCAUCGACUAACUGCUUCGAAGAAUGCUUAUAGACGUACAGGUUUGAAACGACCGACUUAUGCCCAAAUACCAGGUCUUUUAAGUAAUCAGCUGUCAACGUCUCCGCCGGAGAUAUUUUCACCUGGAUUACCUGUACCUCAUCUUCCUGAGCCUAAGAAUCAGGAAUUAUAUCCGGUUGGUGAAACACCGCCUUUGAAUGUUCCGCAAUUUUCUAAUGCUGGAAAUGUGUCCAACGAUUUCCAAAAUAUAAAUCAAAACAGAGCGAACAUUUUGACUCCUUCAAAGUCUCCGUUACUUGAAAGCUCUCUUCAGCUAACUAGUCCUGUUAUGUCAGCAAUGCCUUUCGAAGAACUUCAACAGACACAAAACAUUCCGUUUCCUUCAAAUCCGAGCCAAAAACAUGCCAACAUCUCACAUAACAAUACUAGUUUUAAUCCAGGAUACCGAGAGGUUUAUCACCAUUGGUUUUAUAAACGUAAAGUCGCAGAUGAUGUCAUUUGGACCACGUUUUCUAUGGCAGAUUCCCUCAAAUUAGAGGCAGUUUUUACAUCACACGAUAUCUCACCCGAUAAGGUGGUUGCUACUGAUGGUGGAAGAUAUGACGUGAACAUCCUUCGAAGAGAACGGUACGCCGUUUACUGGGAAAGUUCUCCGACUGAAGUAAGGAGAUGCUCUUGGUUUUUCAAACGUGCAACUGAAACCCAUUUUGUGCCUUAUGAAGAGAAUAUAGCCACAAUGCUAGAAGAAGAAUACAAGACUGCUUACGAAUCUAAUAGUUGGAACAAGAAGGUUAAUCUUCCAAACGGUGAUAUACUAGUGCUGCACGGUCCUGAUAUGAUUGUAUUCCUUGAUCCAACUCAGCCAAGCGACGCUUCCAAUAAUAUCGCAACGCAGUCGAAGCAGAAAAUAGUGAAGCGUGGCUUAGACGAAUUCGAUAUAGACGAAGGAGAGCCGGAAGAGAUUGACCAUUUACUGUUUUUAGUUCAUGGUGUCGGGGCUGCAUGCGAUUUAAAAUUUCGAAGUGUCGAAGAAGUUGUUGAAGACUUCAGAUGUAUAGCCCUCCAGUUAGUACGAUCGCACUAUAGGUCUUCUUGUGAAAGGGGGUUAGCUAGCAGAAUAGAAUUACUGCCUAUUAGAUGGCAUAGUCAGCUCCAUUCAGACGAGACAGGGAUCGACAAAAAAUUAAAAAGUAUUACGUUAGAUAGUAUUCCACGUUUGCGAAAAUUUACAAACAAUACUCUUCUCGACAUACUGUUUUAUUCAAGUCCAAUUUAUUGUCAGACAAUUAUUUCGACGGUUGGAAAUGAACUUAAUAGAUUAUACGAUUUGUUUAAACAACGAAAUCCUUCUUUCAACGGUGGGGUGUCAUUGGGUGGUCAUAGUCUAGGAUCGCUUAUUCUUUUUGACUUACUUUCACAUCAGUAUCCUGAUUCGGAAGAAGAAACAAAUUCCCCGAAAGAAGAAGUCACUACUGUACUGAAACCUGAAGUAUCCCAAAGGAAAUUUAAUAGACGAAUAAGUUAUAUGAUGUCGGCUGCUGGUACGGGUCAACCACAAUUAAUUUACCCUCGUCUUUCUUUUCAACCAAAGGCAUUCUUUGCCCUUGGGUCGCCUAUAGGGAUGUUUGUUACGGUUCGAGGAUUGGAUACUUUAGGUGAAGAUUUUGCACUGCCUACGUGUCCAGCAUUUUUCAACAUUUUUCACCCUUAUGACCCGGUAGCAUACCGCGUCGAAUCGUUGAUAAAUCCACAACUGUCAAGUCUGAAACCGGUCUUAAUUCCCCACCAUAAAGGGAGAAAACGUAUGCAUUUAGAGUUAAAAGAAACGAUGGUUAGAGUUGGAACAGACUUAAAGCAAAAAAUAUUGGACUCUAUGAGAAGCACUAUCGGAUCUUUGUUGCAUUUCUCGUAUUUUAGUAAGCGCGAAGAUGAAAAUACGCUAGAAGCAGAAGUGGAUAAAGUGAUAGAAGAAGAAAUAACGGAAAAAAGUAACCAAGUGGCUUACGAAGAACAAAGUGAAGAUCAAAAUUCCACAGGCUUAUCUUUAGGGAUCUUGAAUAAAGGUAGACGAAUCGACUAUGUUUUACAAGAAGCGCCUUUCGAGAUAUUCAACGACUAUAUUUUUGCCCUCACUAGUCACGUCUGCUACUGGAAUUCUGAAGACACAAUGUUGCUGAUUCUGAAAGAAAUCUAUGGGUCUAUGAAUAUUUCUACCGACAGCCAGAUACCACAACAAACCAUGACGAUAGAAAGAACAACUCCUCAACCACAAACACAAAAAGCAGCAACAGUAACAAACGGCAAUCGAAGUAACCCAAGUCCGUCUGCACCAAUAGGAAUGGAUCCAACUGCACCUAUUGCGUCAAAUAUUAAUAUUGGGCCGCCUCCGAUUUCUGGAUUCGUUAAAAAAAAUUAAUAUUUAUAUAUAACUAUGUUGUAUAUAUAUUUUUAUACAAUUUAGUCUUAUUAAUAAAAAGAAAAAAUAUUUUGUAGAUUUUUGUCAUUCAAUACUCCACUCUUAAAAAUGAUUGCGAAUACGUUGUUAAGACGAUAAUGAUAAACGAAGUUGAAUACUACACAUUUAUUAGAUGCUUUAUUGUAUACAAAAAUAUAUAACUAGAAAAGAUAUAGUUAAAGUACUCUGAAACAUGUAUAUACACUUAUAAAAAAUAAUUUCCAAUCAACUUUACGUGUAAGGCUAGAUCAUCAUGACAUAUUUUCAGAGAAGAAUAUUACGACAGUCUUUUGGAAAACUACUUUUUUUUUUUUGCUAUUCGGCAUUGCAUAUAGAUUACCAAGUUUUGAAAAAACGCAUACAUACAUUUAAUGUUUAGAAAACAUCUAAAAAUUGUAACGAUUAACAUCAAUCAUAUUAUUAUUAUUAUUAUUAUUAUUAUGCAUUUAGUAAUAGUAAUAUAACAUAGCUGCUUAUUAUUUACUUGAAAAUUUUAAAUACUGUACGUUUUAAGACAAGUUUACGUUUUAAUUAGUUUAUUUCGAGUGAAAAAAUUCACUUCAGACUUGCUAGUUACGUCAAAAAUAAAUGCAACGUUAAUACUUCCAUUAAAUACUUCUUGAGAUUACUAGUAUUUAUUUUUUUCUUUUUUUCUUUGCAACCACACAAAUUGGUCCGUCCUUUUUCACGAUUAAAUCACCUCGUUGCUAAUUUUCAAACAUUAUAAUUCGACGAAAACAAAAAUUGCUUAUUUACCAAACAAAGAAAA